AUGUAUCCCUCCUCCUCGCUUGAAAAUUGGUCAUCAUGUCCAUCGUCGUCGUUAUCAUUAGGAAGCAAAUAUAACCUCACUAAAUCGCAAAAAUUCAUUUUCAAUUUAUUAGUUUACAUUUUAUUUCUCAGUCUAAUAAUUGAGCAGAAGUUUGUCAACGCUCAAUCAAAAGAUGCGUCACCGGGACCGAGAGCAGAUCAUUGCACGGCUGCUUACGGAAAUCGUUUUUAUGUCUAUAGUGGUGAUGGGAAUGAUCAAGUGUAUAGUUGGUUUAGUUAUAUCGAAGCACCAUUCAAUGUAGCAAAUCAAAAAUGGGUUGCUAUGCCAACUGAUGGAGCUCAUAAUGUCAGUCGCCCCGCAUGUGUCGUGACUGAGAAAGGUCUUUUCUUUGUAAUUGGUGGUGGACAAUCCGAAGAUGCAAAUUUUUAUGGCGUUUCCAUGUAUGAUCUUACAAAAGGAACCAAUGGCAAAUGGACUGAUGUUAAGACAAACAAUCUUGAUUCGCGUGGUCUAAUAGCACAUCGAGAUAGUCAUAGAGCAAUAUAUGUAAAAGCUACAGCUGGAAACGAAAUAAUAUUUGUGUUUAGUGGCGCAUUCGGUAGUCAAAUGAGAAACGAUUCUUAUAUUUUACAUGUUGGAAAUAUGACAUGGGAGAAGGUUCCAGUGGGAACGCAAUAUGCGCCCCCCGCGCUUGCUUUUUCUUCUCUAGUCACCUUCAAAGAUAAUAUCUUUGUUGUAAGUGGUUCCGGAAGUAUGUCUAGUUCUUGGGAUUAUUCCGAUCAAAUAUGGGCCUUCAAUAUACCUACGCGCACAUGGUUUGACCCAAGUGUUUCGUCAGGAAACGUUUUUGUUGGAGCUUGGUCCGGAAAGCUAAAUGAUACAUUUUUCUUUGUUUCUGCUGGUUCAAGUUCCUUAAAUUCGAUUAUAGGAGCUUGGAACCUUAUGAAUAAUUCUAUUACGAUAUUUAAAACUGGUCCAAUGGCACAAGGUAUUAGCCAUGAUUAUUAUUCAGCUUCUCAAUUUGCCGGAAGUGAUGUAUUAAUCACAUACGGUGGAGAAAGUCAAAAAAGCUCUAAGGCAUCAAAUUCAAGUAUUAUAGCAUCCGGAUACACAAACGACUUGGCAAUUUUUAAUAUGACGCAGCGUGCUUGGGUAGAUGUUUGUAAUGUGCCCGCAAUUGCGUCAGUGGAUCAAUUUCCUGGUGGUGUUUUGGCACCGAAUCAAGCUGAUCCGUAUUAUUCCAAGUCAAAUUCAGCCAGCCCAGAUGGAAACAAUCCUGGAGGAAACUCGACUAACAACAACUCAUCUAAUCAUAAUGGUACAGGACUUUAUAUCGCAGGGGGCGUUGCGACCGUUGUUAUCUUUGCUGUUGGGUGCUUUGGAUUUUGGUAUUAUCGAAGAAAAAAAAAUAAUCAAAAUCAAAACCAAGAAGUAUAUCUUGAACCCGGUAAUAAAUUCGAUAAAAUACAAGGAAAUGCAUACAAACCCUCCAAAUUUAAUGCAAUUGCCAAUUCAGCAUCACCAAACACUGGAUUCUAUUCUAGUCCAGUUAAUAAUUCGAACUCAAACAUCUCUCUUUCAUCUCAGCCACAUUCGGUGCGUAUUCGUAAUGAGCCAAAUGUCAGUUCAAGAUAUAAAGAUGAAGUUUUUGGUCGUCAUAAACUCACCACCAUGAUUUACGAUCAACCAGACGUAAAUGAAACAGAACCAUCAGCUCCAACUGGCACUGUUAUUUUACAUCGGUAUCGAUUAGGAGGAAAAUCUGCAAACGGCGGAAAUAACACGAUACGCCAGGCUGUCGAUGAACAAACUGAUGAUCAAGUGGCGAUUAAAUUCUUUCAAAAUUUCGAAUCUUUUGAGCGAGAAGUCGUUAUGCUCAAAUAUCUUCGCUCUCGUCAUGUCGGUGAACUUUUAGCAUUGUACGAGCUUCCUUCGAAAAACGAUUGGCCUUAUGUCUCUAUAUUGAAUUAUUAUCCACAGAGUUUAGAUAGUUUUAUUUUGAGUAAAUUGUCUUCGAUGGAUACCCUAUUUAUAAAACUUAUCAUAAAGUCUUUAGCACAAGCAAUUCAUUAUUUGCAUAAGCAUAAUGUUGCUCAUUUGGAUAUUAAACCUGGAAAUUUUGUGCACGAAUCUGGUGACGUUACUUCAUGGAGAUUGAUUGAUUUUGAGGCUGCUAGAUUUAUCGGGGAAGAAUCAGUCGAUGACUGCUCACCUUUAUACUGUUCACCCGAAGUAUUACAUUCGGCACAAACACAGUCUUCGGUAAUAGCAACAACGUCAAUGGACAUGUGGUCUUUGGGAUGUAUCAUCUAUGAAUUAUACACAAACACACCAUUAUUCUAUUCAACAGAUGAAGCAAUCGAGAAAUUAACGGCAAGCUAUACAAAUGGCGAGGUAACAGACUUAGCUUUGAAUAAAGUUGCUGAUUUGCAAGCGAGGAAUAUGUUAGAGAAACUUCUUUCGAUAAAACCACAAAAUCGAAUUUCAUGUGAACAAGUUCUUCGUUCUGCAUUCUUAAAUUCUGGUCUAGAUACGAAACAAUUGACUACUUUACAUUCGGAAUCAACUGAAAAAAUCAUCACGGCUGUAAAUCAAAACACAAAUGUUAUAAUAUCCACACUCCAAGAAACCACGAAUCUGAUUCUGAGUCAAAUAGAUGCUGUUAUGAAUAGUAUAACCGACACUAUGGAUGCCGCUAUUCCGCGUAUAUAUAUAUUAUUACCGGGCGGAGAAACGAACACGAUCUUCAAUCCUAAAUCUUGGGGAAAAAAUACUUUUAUUCUACAUGUUUUAUGCGAAGGACUUGAUCCCAGAAAUAGGGAAGCACAUUUUACCACACAUGACGGCUAUACAAUACAUGAUCCUAAACCUAUGUUAGCAAAGGCUGGUCCUUACCUUUCGAUCGUAGCAACUUUAAUUAGUGCAGGGGCAAGUUUCCUUCAUCUAAACAUGCCAAAUAAUAUCACCGGACUAAUCGGUCAAGUAACAUCAAGACCUACCGAAUAUUUCCAGCAAUUGACUAAUUUACUCGAUCAAGCGGCGACAAGUCCCGAACAAGCAUGCGAAAUUGAAAAUGCAAAGAAAGAUCCUGUAGCUAGAAUGAAUGUUGUUCGUGGUCCUGCGCUUCGUGAAUUUCAGGCUUUUCUCGAAAAAAAUGAUCCCGCACAGCAAUGGGGAGGAUUGCAACGUUUGGUCUUAAGUGAUGGGAGAUGGCGGUGGGUGUGUCAAGGUUGUCAUCAACGAGCUUACCAUCAAAAUCACGCUCAUCAAGACAUGUAA